AUGUCCCACCCAAAUUGCUCCAGUCCUUCGUCCUUCAUCCUGACAGGCAUCCCUGGGCUGGAGGAUGCUCAGUUCUGGAUUGCCUUCCCGUUCUGCACCAUGUACUUCAUGGCAGUGCUGGGGAACACCAUACUCCUCCUAUUGAUUAAGAGGGACCCAAGCCUGCACCUGCCCAUGUUCUACCUCCUCUCCAUGCUGGCUACCAUUGACCUCAUGCUCACCACUUCCACCAUGCCCAAGCUCCUGAGCAUCUUCUGGUUCCAGUCCCAUGAGAUCAACUUUGAAGGCUGUGUGGCCCAGAUGUUCUUCAUCCACAUCUUCUCCACAGUGGAGUCAGGGGUCCUGCUCACCAUGGCCUUCGACCGAUACUUGGCCAUCUCCAAGCCUCUACACUACUCUGCCAUCCUGACUGGCCCCACCAUUGCCAAGUUGGGUUUGGCUGCUGUGGUGCGUGGCACUGCCAUUGUGACCCCUCUGACAUGCAUGGUGACCAACCUGUCCUACUGCGGCCCCCGUGUCAUUCACCACUCCUACUGUGAGCACAUGUCAGUGGUGAAGCUGGCCUGUGGGGACACCCAACCCAACAGCAUCUAUGGGAUCACAGCUGCCACUGUUGUGGUGGGCUCAGAUUCCAUCCUCAUUGCUGCCUCCUACAUACUGAUCCUGAAGGAAAUCAUAGGUCUCUCCUCCAGAGAGGCUUGUCUGAAAUCCUUCGGCACCUGUGGCUCCCACAUCGGUGUCAUCCUGCUCUUCUACGUACCUGGGCUCUUCUCCUUCUACACUCAGCGCUGGGGCCAGAGGAUCCCUGCACACCUCCACAUCCUGAUGGCUGACCUCUACCUGCUGGUGCCUCCCAUGCUCAACCCAUUCAUCUAUGGGAUGAGGACCAAGCCGAUCCGGGAGCAGAUACUGAGGCUGCUCUGGCAGAAAGGGAUCCAGCCCAGGUCCUGA